AGUUUGUUCACGAAACAAACAUGAAGAUCUCAUUUGUCUUGCUGGUAUCUUUUGCCACUAUUGCGUUCACCUCCGGACAUGGUGGUGGUUAUAAUGGAAUCAAAAGUAACCACUUCGGUCUUGGUAAUGGACAUGGAGGGAAUGUUAAAUCAGGUCACUUUCAUGGACAUAAGAAGGAUAAUGAGCGGUCCGUCGAGCAAGAUAUUACUCUAGAUCAAAUACCUGAACUAGUUAAGAAGACACAUAUUAGAAAAGCUGAUCAUACUCUGUUGCAAAGACAGAAACAAAUUCUUCACCUUCUGCUUCAUUUGAAACAAAAAUCCCUGAUACCGGAACAUAUCGAGAUUUCCAGGAGUUUCUCCCCGUUAGCAGAGGGUCAUGAAAACCUUUACCUAAAAGAUGACGUUGUUGAAAAGUUCCGUGAGCUCUGGGAAUAUACACCACUUGCCAAAGGAGCGAUAUUUUCCAUUUUUAACAGGGAUCAUUUGAAUCAAGCCAUUGCUUUAAGUAAACUGCUUUACUUUGCCAAAGACUACGAUGUUUUCUACAAGACUGCUGUUUGGGCUAGAAUGAAUGUGAACGAAGGUCUAUUCACUUAUUGCCUCUAUGUAGCGGUUGUUCACCGAUCUGAUACCAAAGGAAUCAUGCUCCCUCCGAUUCAUGAGGUUUCUCCUCACUUGUUCUUCAGUGCUGAUGUCAUUGAGAAAGCUCAAUAUUACAAACAGGUUCAUGAAAGUCCUAAGCAACACCGCGAAGAAAAGGGUUUUAACGGAUACACUAUUGAUUCUGAUUAUUCCCACCACCACCUGAAUUUGAAUCGUGAACAAACUGCUCUUGCGUAUUAUCUCGAAGAUGUGGGUGUCAAUAGCUUCUUAUUUUACUUGCACAUAAAUUUCCCUUUUUGGAUGAAUUCGACAGAAUUUGGAUGGAGCCGCUUCACGAGAGGAGCCCUCUACUAUCUUUUCCAACAGAAUAUUUUGGCACGUUAUCAACUUGAACGAACUGCAUUGGGAUUCGAUGAGAUGGAAUUCCUCAGUUGGGAUCUACCAGUCAAAACUUCUUACCACUCAAACCUUGUAUACCCCAAUGCCGUGCCUUUCCCCAACAGACCAAAAUUCGCGAAGUUACAUGAAUACUUUUUCAACUAUGGACAAUCUGGGUGGAAGUCAAGUCUCCCUGGUUACAGCUACACAUUCGUAAAUGAUUUUGAAAGACGUAUUGUUGAGGCUAUCGAAGCUGGUGCGAUAUGGAGUGAAUCUGAAGGGAGAAUGGUUGAGAUGGGAUCCGAGCAAUUCAUCAAUGUGCUUGGAAAUAUCAUAGAAGGCAAUCAUGAUUCUCCGAACCAUCAAUAUUACGGUUCGAUAUGGUUCUUUGCGCGCCACCUUCUUGGUUAUUCCACUCAGCAAUUGGAUCAGAACGAGAUAUUACCAUCGGCAUUAGAGCAUUUUGAAACCUCAUUGCGAGAUCCAGUAUUCUACGUACUCGUCAAGAAACUUGUUAUGAUUCCAUACCAAAGAUUCCUGCAGCAAGUUCCACCAUACACCAAACAAGGCCUUUUGUUCCCAGGAGUUGAAAUUACCAAAGCUGAAGUGGAUGAUCUCAUUACAUACAAUGAAACAUUCUACUCUGAUCUAGUCAACUCAGUAUUUUACAGCCCAAAAGAAUCAUAUGGCGACUUCCAAGUCCGUGUUGGGCAACCUCGUCUAAACCAUGCUCCUUUCGAAUUUAAAAUUCAUGUGAAAUCGGACAAACCACAAAAAGUCAGCGUGAAAGUGUUCCUUGGACCAAAGUAUGACAGAGAGGGUAGACCAGUUAAAAUUAGCGAUAAUCAUCUCGACUUCUACCAGUUUGAUAACUUUGUUGCUAACCUUCAAGUUGGAGAAAAUGUCAUCUCUAGAAAAUCUGAGGAUAACCUAUUCUUUUCUCCAGAUAAAGUCUCAUACCUUGACCUCUACCAAAAUACUGUAGCGGCCCUUAAAGGUGUCAAAGAUUUCAAUAUUGACCUGAGACAGAAUUGGUAUGGAUUUCCACAAAGAUUUAUGUUACCCAGAGGCAGCGUCUGUGGAACCCCCUAUCAACUAUUCUUUGCCGUUUAUCCAUACAGUAAGGAUGUUAAUCAAUAUACCCAUAAUCUGAAUGCAAUUUUGCUUGAUACCUAUCCCUGGGGUUUCCCACUGGACAGAUCUAUCAAAUUUGAUAAACUCUGGAAUGAAAUCCCCAAUUUCCGUUUUGAAGAAGUUAAAGUCUACUUCAAAGAAGAUGGAUUCUUGGAAAAAUAAAAAGUGUACGAUUUGAGAAAUGCUUGUGAUUAUGUGAAUGAAUAAAUAGUAUCAGUAGCAAGAAA